AUCGACUGCACAUUACCACAAUACAUUUACUGUAACAACGCCUGACAGUAUUCAUGUCUUCCCGCAACUCGUUCCAAAGUGCAGGGCCCUCUAGCGGCGGUCCCCCCGCCCUCUCCCUCGCCACUCUUUCAGACCCACCCGCUCGUCUCGUCGAUGGCGCAGCAAUGGAUUACUUCCUCAUCGAAGCGGUCAACGCCCUCCGAGCUUCCUCAGCCGUCGCAGCAACACGUGCAAAGGAGACAGAGCGCGCAAUGACCGAAGCUGGCCUUCUCCCCACCCCGGCACCUCCACCUUCGACCAAAAACCAGAGGGAAUCGACGGGGAGCACGAUGGGUGGAGACAGAAGGUCAGUCGUGCUGGAUGUGGAGGAGGAAGCGGUUAGAGCGCGGUUGGAGGCAAUUGGGACGCAUGUGGGUGCAAACUUUACGGAGCGGCUGUGUCGUGACAGACCGCUGUUUGGGGAAACUCUGGACGCGAUCAAGUUCAUCUGCAAAGACGUUUGGACAUCCUGUUGGGAUAAGCAAGUCGAUAAUCUGCGGACAAACCACCGUGGCGUCUAUGUGCUACAGGACAACGCUUUUAAACCAAUCUCACGCAUCUCUUCAUAUGAAGGUCGGGGUGAAGCCACUAAGCAAGCCAGAGUGUACGUCGCAAUGUCUGCAGGUAUCAUCAAAGGCGCACUAUCGCGCAUGGGCCUACACGGUACAGUAACACCCGAAAUAACCAAUCUUCCACAAUGUACGUUCCAAGUAAAGCUGCCAAAAAGUUCAUGAUUUUAGUUUUGUAUUCUCGUUUUGUAUUUCACGUCAUUUCACUUGCGAGGUAUUCUGAUAGGACUACAUGCGAUCAGCCGUCUCUGCCGGGUCGUGCCUGAUGUUUCUUCCGACGUCUUACUGAAUAAUUGUCUAAGAACACUUAAAUAAAAUUCAGUCCCACGAAAACCCAGUCAUACGAGCUACAGCAAAAGAUCUAAAUGUGUACCAGGAUGCUCAAAAGCCCAUUCAUUGAUUCCCUCCGCUUUCAAUUGAAUCCACCUAUGUCUAUGAAGAGACACAGCUCCGAAUAGGUGUUACAGUAAGUGCCGCUCACAUACGGGUCAUUCGUGAGUUACGCGAUAGAUGUCACUUGGGUAGCUGUGAUCACAGUGGAUGGAGCGGAUGAUGCCACCGAGGAUGGAGCGGAUGAUGCCACCGAGGAUGGAAUGGAUGAUACCACAGAGGAUGGAGUGGAUGAUACCACAGUGGACGUAACUGGACUGGGUAAUGCUGAAGUCGUUGACGCCAUAGUGAUUCUCACUGAGGUGGUCUGUUGCACGAUCGUGGAUGUGGUAGUGGGUGACUCCGAGGUAGUCGUAUACACAUAAAUUUCGCUAGCCGUGCACAACACUUCAUCAAUGUAGAUGUUGGUGCAGUCCGCAUUAAUGUUGGGGUUGUUGGCAAGGAGAGUGCUGACGGGUAUUCCGGCCUUUGCGGCGAUGGUUGCGCAGCUGUCGAGAGACUGGACGACGUAGGUUGUCUGACAGUCU